AUGCCACGUGGAAAGUAUACCAACCACAAGGGCCGUAACCGUAAGUUUACGAGUCCCGACGAACUUGAGGAGCAGAGAAAACAAGAGGAACAGAAACAAAAAUGGAGAAAGGAACAUGGAGAUGAAAGCUCUAGUGAGGAAGAAUCAGAAGAUACUAAAUCGGGCUCGGGCAGCAGUGAUGAUAGUGAUUCCGAUGACGAGCAUCCAACUAAGGCGAAGGGAGUAUCAGGCCUAAUUGAAGUAGAAAAUCCCAACAGAGUAGUUAAGAAAAAUAAGAAGUUAUCAAAUUUGAAUACUAUCGGGGAAGGAGAGAAACCUCAGUUGUCCAGGCGUGAACGUGAAGAAAUCGAGCGCCAGCGAGCUGCUGCGGCGUAUCAGAAGGCUCAUGCUCUCGGCAAGACGGAGGAGGCUCGUGCGGAUCUCGCCAGGCUGGCCAUCAUAAGACAACAGAGAGAAGAAGCUGCCAAGAGAAGGGAGGCUGAGAAGAAAGCAAAGGAUGAAGGGCCCAAGAAAAGGUAA